UAAUAUCUGUUUUAAGUUCAGUCUGUGUUGGUCACUGGAUCAGUGAACACCUCCGGGUGUAGUACCGACGUCGAGCGGCCGUGUUCACAUGUGCGAGUGUGUUUGUUAGUGGUUGUGAGAUUUCUUUAUUGGGAAGCUCUCCAGGAAUUCGUCAAGAAUCGACCUACCUGACAGGACUUUGUUUUGGUGAACACAUUUUGAGGACCGAAGUCGUUGGAUGAAAAAAUUACUAAACACUGAAAAGUUUGUGGAUUAAGUCUAGAGGCAAAACUUAUCACGUCAGAAAAUGGCAGUGUGUUCUUAAUAGUUUCAUUUAAAUAAUCUAGAAUAAGGUCAGAAAAAAAGUGUUUUUUUUUUCUGGAAAUUUUUUUAAAGAAUAUACAGCGCAGUAUCAAGUAUUUACGGAUGACUGUUUUCAAGAAUCUUGACUUGUGAUGAUGUUGAUAUAGAAAAAGAAGAAUGAUCAAUAGAGGACCGCAUAUUUCUCCAAGAUUUUCGCGCAACACCAUUCUUGUUCUCCAGCCUCUGUAGAUGAAAAGGAUGUUUCUGGGCAACAUGGCGAUGACGGGGAAAGCGCCAGGCAGUGCUUGUUGGACAGCAGUGUUGGUGUUCUUAGCGACGGCCCAUCGUCUCCCGUGCGCUUGGAGUCUGCUGGAGGACAUCCCAAUUCUGCCCGAGUUCGAAGUUAGCACCGUGGCCGGUUCUACCCCGGGGGAAAUAUGGGUGUCGAAAAACAGCUCCUACUGCAACUGGAAACCGAGUCUGGGGCCCAUCUGCAAUUAUACGGAAACGAGCCAGGUUGUCGUAGUGCCAGCGGGAUUGACCCUCCCUUCAGGUCAGCUUGAGGUCGAGAUCCACAAGGCCAAGACUCUGCACGUCUACCCAACCUGCAUCUCGUGGAUACAGGUCUUCGAUGCCGGACUGGUGACUACCCUUCCCUCCGAGGAAGACUAUUACACCAUAUACCGGAAGAGGUGUCGAACAUGGCUGCGUAUCUACAACUCCCAAGCAGAUUCGAUUUCCCACGGUGUGAAGGACCUGACCAUCAUCAACACACAAGUGAACACCAUAAACCUGAAUUUCCAGAGGGACUUCAUGGCCAUAAACUCUACCAUCAAGUCCAUCGAGGCUUUGAGUUGGGAGGGUUACAGAGGAACCAUCCAGAAUACGACGGUUGAGCGCGUCAGCCACGUUGAAGCCAGAGACAACUGGCUCAUUAUCAGCAGUCACCUUGGUUUGGUGACACCCGAUGGGAUCGUUUUCAAAGCCCGAGAGAUGGCAAUAUCCAACAGCACCGUCUCUCACAUUGCGACGAAUGGUCUAAAGAUCACCAAUGGCGUUGCAUCUCUGAACAACGUCACUAUAGGGCUUCUGGAGGCGUCUGCCAUUGUCAUCAGUAGCCCCACCGCUUUCCUUUCCCUGUCGAAUGUCACGGUGAUAUCAGCCUUCGCUAACUGCAUCAUUCUGCUGGACAGGGAAAGGAUAUCUAUCAAGAAUGUCACCAUCAAUGGCACUCCUUUGGAUCUCUCCUCCUCUUACCUUAAGUUUGUGGAUGACUUUGUGGUACCUAAAAACAUCACAAAAGUACAAGUAGAACAAGAAAGGGAAGGAUGCUCUUCCAACCACACUACUCUCCUAUGCGAUUUCAGCAGUGUUAAUGAGAGUAUUGAGCUUAAUGCACACAACAUUGAGGGUUACCAUCUUGUCCAGAUUAAGAAUGUCAAGUCUCUGCAAGUUCUGUCAACUAGUUGUGAAUUAGAGUUACGACUGCAGUCUGUCAAUGGAACUCUUCCGCAUUUUGCCACCGAAGGCAACCACACGGACGAAAGCACCUCCUCCACCGCAGGAGAACCUUUAGAAGAUGACUGUAACAUGUCACUGUCAGUUUUAGAUUCCAGGCUGGAAGUCAUCUCUAGCAGAUACAUUUCUAAUGUUACUGUUGCAAACAGCACUGUGAAAAGACUUCAUGAUGGCACUCUACAAGCUUUCAAUGUGCAUAAUGUUACGGUUGUCACGAUGGACAGCGUUAAUAUAGCAGGUUCUGGAAGUCAGUGGAUAGGCAUGGUAGUUGGAAGCAUAAUCAAUGUAACUCUACAAGCUCCUGUUACAGCCGAGGGCAUUCUUGUUACUCAGAGGUUACGGCGAGGUGCCCUCACCAUUGAUCAUGAGGGAGCCACGACUGAGCUUUCAAAGGUGAAAAUUUCGACAAUGGAAAGGGAGAGCGUGGUUGUCAAAAGAGGCAAACUGAUUCUUAAAGACCUCGUGGCCAUUGCUAUCAAUGAGGGCGCCAUCUUCAUUGAGGAAGGCGCCUCUGUGGAGCUGUACAACAUGGUGUCAUUUGUGUCCUCUUACAGGACCAUAUCGGUAGCCACAAGGGACCAGGUGUUCAUCAAUGGCUCAGAAAACAUGGCAUCGGGACUGAUGAUUCACGUUCGUAAUCCUCCGCCACUUCCAGAUAUGACUUCUAAUCUCACAAUCUCUGCAAUCCAUCUCUCCCCUUAUUGUACUACUGUCCCGUUGUUCAUCAAAGUCUGUGAUUUCUCACACGUUAAUGAUGCCUCAGUGGUCGUUGACCUGGUGGGUGCUCAGCAAAGUCACCGAGCUAUAGUACGAGGGGCGUCCUUUGUAACACUUUAUCCAUCCUGUAUAGAAAAGCUCAUCUUGAUGAAAGUAGUAACAGCAACCACAGUUGAUAAUGAGAAUGACUGUGAGACUUGGCUUGAGGCUAAAGAGGUCCACUUCCAGAACAUCACAGCUGGUGUUCAUGAUGUGACGCUUACAUCCUGUAGUGUAGACUUUCUUGCACCUAACCGCAAGCUGAGAGACUUAGAUUUAGAAAACACACGUGUCGAGUGGAUUGCUGGAGUGCACUGGUAUGGAUACACUGGUCUCUUCAAUAACUCGCACCUUGUCAAAGUUGAAGGCCUCGUAGCUUCCAGCCGAAUGGUCAUGUCUAACACCACAGUAGAAAAGAUUCUUCCUCUUGGCAUCAGUAUCAAAACAGAGGGAGUUAUUGCAGAUUGCACCAUUGACGAUAUAUCGACGGCAGGAAUAUCAGUGGAGGGAAUGCUUCGGAUGAAGGAUGUUUCCAUUGGUACUUUGGCUACGAGAGCUAUUGUAGUGAAGGAUGGAGUUCUGUUUCUUUCUAAUGUUCGCAUUGAGUCGUCGGAAGCGCUGAGCAUCAUAGCAACCUCCAAUGGUGCUGUGGCCAUGCAAAAUGUUACUGUAGCAGGGAAGCAAGUGCACUGGCGCGGCUACAUCACGAACAGCCUAGGUCCAGAUGACCCAUCUUUGGUUUUCCUCAAUAAACAUGUCAGCGAUGAAGUUCCAACGAUUCCAGUCUUAACGCAGGAGGAAAUCAGCAAGUCAACUCCACAGUCUUCUUCAAUGACUAAAUCACUAAUCCCUGAUGACAAUGAAAGUUUAACCUCUGAAACUUCGAAGAUCAAUUCCAAGCAGAUAGAUACCUCAUCAGACUCCUGGAAGUGGGCUGGAAUCAGCGUAGGCAUCUUCAUGGUGAUACUCCUGGGAUGCUGUGUAGUCCUUACCGUUAAACUGGUCAAGCCAAACAACGGAAAGGCGCUGCCCAUCGUCUUCUGGAGAGUCAAAGAUGACCAGAACGACCUCUUAGCGGAAGACCAAGGAUCUGGGGAUUACAGUGAGCCCACCACCAGGCAUUCUGGUUACCACACAGUUCCUGGUUCGGAAGUCAUCUAGGAGCGGGGAGGGGGCCGCUCACCCACUCACCCACUCACUCACUCACUCACUCACAGCACUUCUCCACAAGAGGUCUCUCUCUCUCUCAGUUAUGAGACGCACGUACUUCACACACUUGUCUGCUUACAGUGGCGCAUUGAUAUUUUCUCUUUACAUUAAGUGUUAGUGUGGAAUGGAGCGUGAAUAUGGAAAGUAUUAAAUGAAGUGAAAAAGUGGGAGAGGAAGAAGGGGAGGAGGAGGAGGACUAUAGAGAAAUGGUGCAGGGAACUGAGGAAGAGUUGCAAAGGAUCCACAACAGAAAACUGGGAUGGUUAGCAGGAUUUCUAGGAAGUUGUUUGUGUACUGAACAAACAGCGUCGGACAUGACGUUGUUCUUUGUGACAUGGCAAAAAAGAAAUGUGUGGUUCGUCCUUUGCGACAGGUAGGGAACCAGUCAAUCAACUAUAGGAGAGUCCAAGAACCCAGAAGCACUGUAAUGUAUAUUAACACUGGUUGACCUGAUGUAUAAAAAAAUGCUAAUGUGUACAUUGCAUUAGAUGUCAUUUGACCUUAGUGCCAUAUAUCAUCAUAAUUCAUGUGUGAUCACUCACUUCAUCAAAGGGUACUCAUGCUUAACGAGGUUACUUAUUAUCAUAGCAUUUUUCACUUUCUGAAAUCCUAUUGGCUGGCGACUCUGUGACCUUGACCUGACUGAUUUGAAACCAACGAGGUCAUAGGAAAAGCAAGUGGGUAAGCCCCAGCUUUUCGCUUCAUCUAUCAUCUUCUUUUUCUUCCUGACUCUACCCCUCUGCGUUUCUCUUCCCGUCAGGACGACUGGUUCUAUCCUACAGAAAACAGGUAGCCGUUAAGAUGGGUCAACGUUAAAUUGCCGGACUGGGUUAGUUCAGAUUUGUGUUGGUCUGGGAGUUAAAUGUAACUUGUUGGACGAGAUUUUAUUUUUGUUUAAAUCUAAAAGGACUAAAACUGCCAAUUUUUAAGCUGAACUAACUAGGAAUAUGUUUGUCCAAAUAUAUUAUUCAACAAUAACUUUUUAAAGGAAGAUUUUGAAAUCAAAAGUAUAAAAUUACCCAUUAUUCUACUGAACUUGCAACGAAUAUGCUUCCAAACAGACUGUCAAAAAUAUUAAUUUUUCAAUGAAAAAAUAAAACAAUUUAUGUCCA